GACCUUGUAUUUCUUAGCCUUGUUUAUUCCGAAGCUUCCGUGCGUGAGGGCGUUUUUUUACAACAAUACGCACUACCAGGGUGAUGGUGUAGGACGGUCCACUCGAGAAUAUAUGAGGAUUCUGUACGAGUUAUGUCAUCAAACUUGGCGGUGUAACAACAAUCUCAAACCAGCUUCAAGCUACGCUGACACUCCCGUCUGGUAUCGUUUUUAUUUUUCUUAACGCUCUUAAGUAACGCAACCGUUUGGUCGGACGGAAAUGUGGGUGGUGACAGCCCCAUUUGUCACCGGACGCCGGUCGUAUUUCCUUGGUGUCGUCUCGGUCCAAUACAAUCCUCGUUACGACCGAUACCUUCUGGACGUAUUUCUGAGUACUGUUGACUUGAAUUCAGACUCCGGUAUUACACUAGAGUAGCUAUGUGCAGCGUAUAUCCAUACGCGUGCGGCUUCAUGCCACUAGCGAUGCUAGCCCAAAACAAUGCUUAAUAAGGUCUACUAUUCUAAUAUCGGGCCCGUACCUGCAAGUGAAUAUACUGAGCAUGCCGUGGUGCGAACUAUGCACCGUUAGAGCGCACGGCCCAACCUCGCCGUAUGUCCUGCGCCUGCA